ACAUCAGAGUCAAGCAAGUGGUAAUAGCCAACAAAUUUACAUCUACUGCCUCAGAUGAUUGUUGACGGCCAACCCGAACGGACGACGGACAAAGACAACUUGCGUAUUGUCAUUCGGAAUUCGACAAAGUGUAUCUCGAAGAUAUAUAUCUCUACCUCAUUUCAAACAAGAUAUAUACCAGCGACUGUGAUUUGUUUGUGCGCGCAUACGUAUUGUGUAACUUGAUCUUGCAAAUUUCCAAUUGAUAAGCAUAAAAUGAAUAAAUUAGCUUUAACCUUGACAUUGCUUAUAAGUGUUUUUAGUUCCUUGAGUGCCAAAGAUCUUGUGUGUCAGAUAAUCGAAUCGAACCAUUUGCCAUGUGAAAACCAUGAAGUUUUAACUCCCGAUGGAUACAAACUCAGUGUCCAUCGAAUUCCACCCAAAAAUACAACCACUAAUUUGAAACCUUUUAUUUUAAUGCACGGUUUAAUCGGAUCGGCUGCAGAUUUCGUGCUCUCAGGUCGCGAUCGAAGUCUGGGAUGUAUGCUCCAUGAGCGAGGCUAUGACGUUUGGCUUCCUAAUGCUCGGGGUACAACUUACUCCAAACGGCAUUCGGAAUUCGAUUCGUCAAUGCCGGACUUUUGGAACUUUACCUGGCACGAAAUCGGCUAUUAUGAUCUUCCGUCAAUUAUCGAUCACGUCACUGAGCAAACGGGCCACGAAAAAAUGCACUACGUUGCCCAUUCACAGGGAUCCACCAUCUUCCUAGUAAUGCUAUCGGAACGUCCCGAAUACAAUGACCGAAUCAUAUCAGCAUCCCUUUUGGCUCCAGUGGCUUUUCUAUCUAAUCUGAUGAGCCCACCUCUACGGAUAAUGGCGGCCGAAAGCGAGAAAAUUGAGGCACUCCUAAAUCACCUGGGAUUACAUGAGCUCUUCCCAUCGACCGCUCUAAAUCAACUUGGCGGACAUUUGCUGUGCGGCAAAGGUGUUCCCACACAAAGCUUGUGCAUUUUGGUAAUGUACUUGUCGGUGGGCUUCAGCGAAUUCGAAAUGGAUAGGGGGCUAUUUCCAAAAAUUUUCGAAACAACUCCAGCUGGUAUUUCUAGAAAACAAUUUCAACACUUUGGACAGCUUAUAAAUUCAGGAAAAUUCCAACAAUUCGACUACAAAUCAAAACAGGAGAACUAUCGACGAUACAAACGAAAAACUCCACCAGAAUACAAUUUGCGGAAUGUUCGGGUGCCAUUGAAUUUGUUUUAUGGAAACAAAGACUUUUUAAAUGCUAAGAAGGACGUCAUCCGGCUUACACUACAAUUAAAGAACACACCUUUCACCCUGACAGAAAUACGGGGAUUCAACCAUAUUGAUCUUCUGUAUUCCACAGAGGCUCCUCGAUAUAUUUAUCGAAAAAUUAUAAGUGAUACUAAACGUUAUUAUAGUUGAUAAAAAAUAUGGAUUGCAUUAUUAUUGCUAACUCUCCAAAGGACUGAUAUUCAUUGUAAGCUACCUGAUACGAAUCUAUAUAUUGUGUGUAAGAUAAAUAAUGGUAAGAGGGGAUUAUGGAAGUUACAAUUCAAAUAGGGAAUACAAAAAAUACAUAGUGAACCAAAGUGUAACCUAUUCUCCAAAAAAAAAACUAAUUAAUAAAAAUAAUUUUAACAAUUUUUGUCAAGUUUUCCCAUUUAAUAAAUAUAAUUUUAUAUUUCGUAUUCAAUAUCGUUUUACAUUUAAAACCUAGCGCAUAAGGUUUUGUUUUAAUUUUGUUUGUUUGUAGAUUAUAGAAUAAGACAUACAUUUAUAAUAAAGAUUUCAUGUAUUAAAAAUUCAAAAAAAAAAAUUUAGAACAUAAAAAUUGUUUCUU